CGGGCGGGCGGGCGGGCGUGGGGCGGGGGUCCCGCCGCGCCGCGCAGGCGGAGGACGCGGCGGUGCUGCGACGGCGGCGGGACGCGGCGCUGCUGGCGCCCCGCGGAAAAUAUCAAAAAUGUUUCAAAUUCCUGUGCAAAAUCUUGACAACAUCAGAAAGGUACGGAAGAGGGUGAAAGGCAUCUUGAUGGACAUCGGACUCGACAGCUGCAAGGAGCUUCUGAAGGAUCUUAAAGGCUUUGAUCCAGGAGAGAAGUACUUUUAUAAUACAUCAUGGGGAGAUGUUUCUCUUUGGGAACCUUCUGGAAAGAAAGCGAGAUACCGAACAAAGCCGUACUGCUGUAGUCUCUGUAGGUACUCAACAAAGGUGCUCACCUCCCUGAAAAACCACCUCCAUCGAUCCCACGAAGAUGAGGCCGACCAGGAGCUGAUGAUCCCCUGCCCCAACUGCCCAUUUGCUGCCCAGCCCAGGGUGGUGGGCAAGCACUUCAGGGUGUUCCACGCACCCGCACGGAGACUCCAGAGCUACACCGUGAACAUUCUGGGUGAGGCGAAGACGCCAAGGAGUGACGUGAUAAGCUUCACGUGUUUAAAGUGUAACUUCUCCAACACCCUGUACUACAGCAUGAAGAAGCAUGUGCUGGUGGCACACUUUCAUUACUUAAUUAACUCCUACUUUGGUUUUCGAACUGAGGAAGCAGAGCAGCUGAAAGCAAGUGGCCCUGCUUGCGUGGAUAAGGCCCUGACAUUUGACAGGUACUACUGUAAAAAAUGCAGCGCCAUUGCCAGCAGUCAGGACGCCCUGAUGUAUCACAUUUUGACGUCAGACGCCCAUAGGGACCUGGAGAAUAAGCUGCGGUCUGUGAUUUCAGAGCACAUCAAGAGGACUGGGUUUCUGAAGCAAAUGCAUAUUGCUCCAAAACCAGUGACCCGCUUGGCCUUACCGCCAAACAGCAGCGCCCCGAGCAUCGCAGCCUCUUCACCUUGCUUCCAUCUUGCUCUGCCACAGAACAGUCAAAGCCCUGGCACUGUGCAGCCGGUGACGGUGGCCCCAGGCACCUCCGGAAGCCUUACACACUCCCCACCCACCACUGCCCAGUCCCAUGUAGCCCUGGUGUCCAGCGCUCUGCCUGUGUGCCAGAGUAGCCUCACCCUGCAGCCGCCAGCUCCCUCACCCGUCUUUCUCCCUCACAGGGUCCCGCUUACUCAGCCUGUGAGUACUUCUGUGCUGCCUCUCACUCAGCCAGCCGGGCCUGUGACUAAGUCUGUUGGGACAAGCAUCCUUCCUCUGAAUCAAGCUGUCCGUCCUGGAGCUUUACCCCUCACUCCGUCUGUGGGGCCCGUAAACAGACCCGCUGGGCCUGGUGUCUUGCCUGUGAGUCCCUCUGCCAACUCGGGAGCCCUGCAGUCUGCUGCUUCAGGGGUGGCUCCCGUAGGCCGGGCAGUUCCGACAGGGGUCCUUCCUGCAGGCCAGGCGACUCCUGCAGGAGUGAUCCCUGCGCAGACAGCCGCUUCUGGUGUCCUACCCGCUGGUCAGGUGGUCCAGUCAUCAGUCCUUCCUGCUGGCCAGACAGUGCCCUUGAGGGUUCUCCCUGCAGGCCAGGUGCUACCACCUGGGAUGCUUUCCUCAAACCAGACUGUCUCCUCAGCUGUGGUCCCUGUGAAUCAGGGCGUGAGCUCUGGUGUUGUUCAGCUCAGUCAGCCGGUAACACCAGGAGUCCUUCCUGUGGGCCCGCCCGUGAGGCCUGGGGUACUGCAGCUCAGCCCGUCUGUCAGCACCAGCAUCCUGCCUGUGAGCCAGGCAGUGAGAGCUGGAGCCUCACAGAACACUACUUUCCUCACUUCAGGCUCUAUUCUCAGACAGCUCAUCCCAACUGGGAAGCAGGUGAAUGGAAUCCCCACCUACACCCUGGCCCCAGUGUCUGUCACGUUGCCUGUGUCCUCUGGUGGGGGCCUUGCAGCGCUGCCACCGCCAUCCCAGGUGCCCGUGCAAUUCCUGCCCUCCAGCUCGGGCACACACAUGACUGGCUCCUUGUCGAGCCUGCCCUCCCCACAGGUGCUGGUGAGCCCUGCCCCUAGUGUGUUUGUUCAGGCUACCUCGCCUGUGGCGGACGCAAACCAGGCGCUCAGACAGGCCAAGCAGUGGAAAACGUGCCCGGUUUGCAAUGAGCUCUUCCCUUCCAACGUCUACCAGGUUCACAUGGAGGUGGCUCACAAGCAGGCUGAGUCUCAGCUCUGCCAGCUUUGCAAUGAGCCCUUUCCUGCUAACGUCUACCAGGUUCACAUGGAGGUGGCUCACAGGCAGAGUGAGACCAAGUCUGGUGAGAAACCUGAACCUGAAAAGCUUGCUGCGUGUGCCCCGUUUCUCAAGUGGAUGAGGGAGAAGACGGUGCGCUGCCUCUCUUGUAAGUGCCUGGUCUCGCAGGAGGAGCUGAUGCACCAUCUGCUCAUGCAUGGCUUGGGCUGCCUGUUUUGUCCCUGCACUUUUCACGAUGUCCGGGGCCUCGUGGAGCACAGCAGGACUAAGCACCUGGGCAAGAAGAGGCUGUCUAUGGACUACAGUAACAGAGGCUUCCAGCUGGACCUGGAUGCCGAUGGCAACCUGCUGUUCCCCCAUCUGGAUUUCAUCACCAUUCUGCCACGAGAGAAGCUCGGAGAGCGAGAGGUAUACCUGGCUAUCCUUGCUGGAAUACACUCCAAGUCACUGGUGCCCGUGUACGUUAAGGUGAGGCCUCAGCCCGAGGUUUCACCAAAGGUGCCGAGCAAACAGAAGCUGACCUGCCCCUUUUGUUUUGGCACAUUUUUGACCGCUGAUGCCUAUGAGCUGCAUCUCAAGGAGAGGCACCACGUCAUGCCCACCGUUCAUACAAUGCUCAGGUCUCCGGCCUUUAAGUGCAUCCACUGCUGUGGGGUGUACACUGGAAACAUGACCUUAGGAGCCAUCGCUGUCCAUUUGCUCCGCUGUCGAAGUGCUCCCAAGGACAGCAGCUCAGAUGUGCAGGUCCAGCCAGGUUUCAUUGAGAGCAGCGAACUUCUGCUGGUUAACGGGGAAGUGAUCCCUGACUCCACCUUUGCUGUGAAGAGAAAGCUAUCAGAAGGCCACCCGGGGACAGAGGACCAGAGGGAUGGGGACAAGCCCCAGCUCACUCUAGACACUGUUGCAGUCCCCGGGCCAGAGAGAGGGCCGAGUGCUGUGCCUUUGAAGAGGCAGAGGAAUGAAAACAGGGCCGAGGGGCCAGGGGCCAGUGACGACUCUCUGCAGCUGCUAGCAUUGGAUCCCACCAAGUACGGAAGCCGCUCCUAUGAGGACAAAAAGCAGUUUCUCAGAGACUAUUUCCACAAGCGGCCAUACCCUAGCAGGAAAGAAGUGGAGCUACUGUCUUCACUCUUGUGGGUGUGGAAGAUCGACGUGGCUUCAUUUUUUGGGAAAAGGAGGUAUAUUUGCAUGAAAGCAAUAAAAACUCAUAAGCCCUCUGUACUUCUAGGGUUUGAUAUGUCUGAACUAAAAAAUGUCAAACAUAGACUGAACUUUGAGUGUGACUCACAACCUGUAGAAGACGAGGUCUGAAGUCUGGAUGACUUUGGAUGCGCCCUGGCAUUGUUCUGAGUGUCUGAGCCCUUCGAGGUGCUCCAGGCGCUCAGAAAGCCCGAGAAGGAAGCACACCCCCUGCCCUGGCACACAUGGACUGAGUUUCCCCCUCUGUCGUCUAUAUUAAAUCUCUGGUGUUCCAUGCACGCCUUGUUUUCCCGGGAGUGGCAGUCUCAACAGUAACCACCUGGAAUCUACACACACUUGCUUUUCAUUUUAGGAAACUUCUGCUUGUUUGAGAAUACUUGUUUAGUAGAAAAUGAAAGCAUUGCUCAGCUUCAGUCGACAGACAGCAGCUAUGUCCAUGCCCAGAGAAGUAAGCCUAGUCUGUGGGCCCCGAGGACAUACUUGUGAGCGUUACCCUCUCCUGAUGCUGACAAUGCUGUCUGCUUAAGGGUACACAUUUGAUUCACAUCUUUUAGGUUUUCCCAGACAGCUAUUUUUUUUUUUUAAAUAUCGUAAUUCUUAAAAAAACCAAAUGUUCUCAUUUAUUAAAAAUAUCCUGAGCCGAAGGUCUGGUGUGUAGUGAAUAAUCAAGUGUUGCUUUAUAAAUAAAGUCUCUGCAGGAACAGA